UUACAACCAACUGGUGUUGAUUAAAAUGGAGUACAUUAAAGUUACAUUGAUUUGCGGUAAUUAAAAAAAAGCUCUAAACAGCAUACAAAAUACAGAAGCAUAGCAUAAGCGUGAGUAUUAACUUUUGCAGAAAAUAAAAUGAAUCACUUGUUUAUCACAGUCUAGGAACAAGCAACACAAAAGCAUCUCAGUAGCCCAUUAAUUGAACCGUUCCGCUGUUUACGACAGCAGCAAGCCUAAUAACAGCCCGAUCGGUCCCCACCACUGAAAAUGGAAUGGAAAAACGACUCCGGACCGACAGCAUACGACGACCGCAUGGAGCGGACGGUAAACUUCGUCUUGGGGUCUUAGCUCUUUCGGCUCUUGCGUUUUUUUUUGUUCCUUCCUUUCAUCCCGUUGUACGACCCUACGUACGCACACGCACGGCAACAGAAACCGUAGAACCGCGUCAGUUGCCCGCAAACAUUUGCUCGAAACGGACGUACGACGCGUAGCAGACGGUUUUGCGGUUCCGUGCGGUUCGUUCACUUCUCCAACGACGCGGUUUGCGUGCAGUUUAAACGCACGGGCUGGCGUGAAAUUAAACGUGCUCGACGCCCAGGUCACGCAUGUGAGUUUCGUGCUGCCCACAAGGAAAAUCACACCAUACAUGUAUUACUCCUAACGUCGCUUCGUGGCUCGUGUGGCUCGGUUUCGCUCGGUAAAGUGCCGCAACAGUGAAGCUGCAUGCAGCAGCGUAUGAUUGCUCGAUGUAAAUUUGGUUAUGCAAACCAAGUGUGCUUGUGAUAAUAGGAAAAGUAAAACGGUAAACAUAGCCCACCUAGUUUUGACAAUAGGAACGAGAGAAAACUAGAACCGAUCAGCAACCGAGAAGCACCGCAAAAACCGGUUCAAGGUAGUGAACCACAAUUUUUCCAAAACCCACAGCAGAAACUGUGCAUCGCCAGCGCAAAAGGGGCAAAGUGAAGUGACCGGAGCAAAAGCAACAUCGACAGCGUGUGCCGCAAAACGUUCGUGAAAAGGAAAGUUUUGUCAACGGUGCACAACAGCCACCAAGUGCCGUCGCCGGGAACGUUCCCGUAUGCAUCGCUUUAGUGUGGGUUCGGACAUUUUCCAACACUAACGAGAUAUCAACCGCAACACACAACAACACCAUGAUCAAUCGACGAAAAUCGUCCCUAAGUGCAGUGACAAGUGCGCUGUUCCUUCUGCUAGCAGUUAACUUCCAGCCCUGUUCCGGACAUGGACGGUUGAUAGAACCACCGAGCCGUGCAUCUGCUUGGCGUUAUGGGUUUUCCACACCUCCAAACUACAACGAUCACGAACUGUACUGUGGCGGGUUUAAUCGGCAGUGGGAAAAGAACGAAGGCAAAUGCGGCGAGUGUGGUGAUCCGUUCGAUGCUCCAGCGCCGAGACCACACGAGUUUGGUGGUAAAUGGGGCCAGGGUGUGAUAGUGCGAAGAUACAAACCCGGCACGACGAUCACGCUGCGAGUCGAGCUGACGGCAAGCCAUAUGGGUUACUUCGAGUUCCGCAUCUGUGACAAUGUGCAAGCGAAGCAAGACUGUCUCGAUAAGCAUCUGAUGAAGAUCGUCAGCGGUACACCGAGCAUUCCACAUCCAAACGAUCUGAAGACAAGAUUCUAUCCUCGCAAUGGUAGCCGAAUCUAUGAUAUGAAGGCGGAACUUCCAGCAGAUCUAAACUGCAACAAUUGUGUGGUACAGUGGAAGUACGUCGCCGGUAACAACUGGGGCAUCUGUCCCGAUGGGAACGGUGCUGUUGGCUGUGGUCCACAGGAGGAAUUUCGUGCCUGUGCGGACGUGACGGUCAGCGAGAAGGAUGGCCAGGACAAUCGUACACCGCUCCGGCCGGGACAGAAACCAGCGCCAACCCGUACACCGAACUCCAGCACGGAACCGUCCGAGGGCGAGGAACCGAUCGAGGAACCACCGAAGGGUGUCAAGUAUAUGGGCCCGCUGGUGGCGAUUAUGUCGCUUUUUCUGGUCCUAUGUGGAUUUGCUGCACUUUAUAUUUAUCACUAUCAUGGGGGGCGGAUAAAGGCACUGAUGCGCUGGAAUCGUGAAAAGACGCAAAAGGGUGGCCACGCACCGGCGGACCCGAAUGCCGGACAUCUUGCCCCAGCAAUGCACCACGCAGAUGUGGAAGCGAAUGCACCGGUACCGCCACCGAGGAUGAAGCGAAUUUCCAGCCAGAUACGCGACAUCGAUGCGCAGGAAUCGAGCGUACUGUCCGGCAGCGCCAAGCGACAAUCACCGCUCGAUAUUAACGUUAGCCGGAAACCGAGUGGGAUGGACUGAGGCCAAGUGCAACCCCAUGCAGGGGGGGGUUUUUUGGAUGAGCAUGUUAUAAGUUUUAUUUAUUUGUACCACAAUGCGUACCAGUUUUACAGCGUCGGACAGCCGGUUGUCACGUUGAAUGAAUGCGAACACAAAGUAGAAUAAUUUGAGUAGUGUUUUCUAUUUUCUACAAACAGACAGACACACACACACAUUUUUUAUUGCAUUAGUUGAGUUGGUACAAGAGAAAGAAGGUACCUCCGAAAUGUGUUGUUUAAACUUUUCUUACACCCUACUCCUUACCUACGUUUAGCAGCGAAUUAAUGUUGUAAUUAGCAAAUGACUAAUCGUGGAAGAUAACAGUUUUGUUGUUAUUUCCAUCGGAUGCGUUCAUUAAAUGCACAACACUAAAAGAAAGGUUAUUAGAAACAAGCAUUAAAAAGUAGUAGUGAAACGUCGAAAAUAAAAUGAUAAAUUUCAAACAAUUAAAUGAAACGGUUUCUUCCUGCGCGCCUAAAGGUAUGCAAUGUGCAGUUCGCGUUGUGAAAUUGAAUUUCAACGGGUGUUUAAGCGACAAACAAAUGAGCAACGAAAACUAGGGAUGAAAACGAAUUGUUCGCAACAAUUCGUGCGUGAUUUGUGUGUGUGUGUGUGUUGAAAGAACGCUCUGAAUGUGAAAGGCUAUAGUAGUAAAUUGCUAAAAAUCUAUUAAAAACAAUACAACAAAAAAGCAGGUAUUACAAACACGUGUUGAUGGAAAUCGCUUUCAGUUAUCAACCGGGGUGCUACAAUUACAUAGCCCAGAACGCUAAAAGAGACAUCAUCUACAUCCACAUGCAGGUGAGUCUAGCGACAAACAUUUUA